AUAAAUUCAAAUUCAUAUGUCCAAUUAUCAAAAUUUGGUUGGUGAACUCAUUGGGACAUUAGAAGACUUAAGAGAGAAAAAGGAAGAUCUUAAAAGUGAAAUUUAUGAAGAAGAGGAAGAAAGACGUAGGAUUGAAAAAGAAUUAGAAAUUCUCUCUGAAAGACUAGAUCGCGUUAAUGGUAUUUUAAAUAAUUAAAUAAUUUCAAUCAAGAAACCAUCAUGAGAACAGCGACUGAAAAGAGAGAAUUAGAAAAGACUAUCUCUGAAACUGAACAUACAAAAAAUAAGAUUGUAGAGAGUCUCAAAACUCUAUUGCAUGUCUUAUAAAAAGAAUCAUAAUAUCAUAUUAAAGAACAAUGAUCAAAUAUCAUACAACAUAAUUAAUCUAAAC